UUCGAGUGAAGCCCAUAUAUGACAAUCUCCAACUGGCCCAUUAAUUUUUCUCUUCUUCUCCUUCACGACACUUUUUCUUGUAUAGCCGAUACAAUCUCUUCCUCUUUUCUCAGUCUGAAUAAACCAAACACCCAAAUUCAGAUCAACAUCACGGUGGAUCCCGGUGAGACUUCUUUCGCCGCUGAACAGAGCCGCAUUCUCCUUCAGCUCCGACGCCUAUAAAGAAUUUUUGAGACGAUCUCAUUUGUUGUCAAACGGGUUUAUAAGCAACACCACCUCCAUUAAUUCCGACCAUCGUAAAACUCUCCGGCCACUCCACCAUGGGCUCAAGGCUAGCUUUGUCUCCCCUGAAACAAGGUGAUGGCUGUCUCCGGGAUUGAACUCGCCCAGAUUAUUGAGCAACAGUUUCUUCUACAUUCACGACAUUAGGAGGAACAAAUUCCACAAAUGAAUCAAAGUCACAUCAGAAUCGUAAACAACUUUCUCCAAAAUAUAAGCUAGUCUUCUCCACAAAAUUCUGCAACCUAAGGAUACCAUGUCGAUAAUUGAGUUACCUGGAGCUGUACCAUCAUUAAGCCUGAAACUUCUGUCCAGCCAUUUGCAGGUUAUCUCUUGCAUUCAAACAUUCACCAAAGGAGUUCCACAUGUAGCAGUUGUUGCCAUCUUUUAAACCUCUAAAGAGAGUAUUCCCAUUGCUAUCUACACCUGAACACUUAGUCCUUGUGAAAAGAACCUCGAAACCUUGACCACAUAAUUGUUCAACACUGAUCAGAACCAGACAAGCAGUUUUUCUUUCUUGUCAUAUGUGUUGAACAUCCACUAUCAAAGUACCAUCAUUCAGCUUCUACUACUUUUUCUGCUUCUAUAGCCAUCAACGCCUUAAAGGAACAGUCUUCAGAUACGAUUACAGCAUUGCAUCGGAUGUCAUUGUCUUGUCAGCAAGGAUAUGAGUUUUCAUAGAGAUCUCUUGAUUUUACCCAGAAUUGAUUUCCCCAUCCAUUCCAUGUAAAUUUUCUCUGUCUCCACAGUUUCUUUAUUCUCUCUCUUGAAGUUUGUAACAAUGAGCUUUGAUAUGUCCAUACUUGCCACAAAAAUAGUAAACUGUCCUUCUUGGUUGUUGCUGAGAUUGAAUUUGCUGUAAUCGUUGUUGCUGAACUUGAAUUUGCCGACUCUUUUUCUCAAAGUAACGAGUCUCUCCCUCA